GUUGUGAAGAUUUGAGGCCUGAUAAGCAAGAAAACGAGUGAAUUAAAAGGACAGCCAAAUAGUGAGGCAGCUGGGGAGGAGAAGCCUUUUGUUGGAUCAAGUUGAUGGACAAAGCAAUGGAUUGUAAGAAAUUGACAGAGAUGAUACUACGGGAUGCUCUUGAAAUUGUCUUCCUACUGACUGGAGAGAUAAAAGUCGAGAACUUACCUUGCAACAAUAACUACGGUGAGGUUAUCCACAAGGCACAAAUUGCUCUCCUUAGUCUUUCAGACAAGUUGGUUUCUUUAAGAAGGAACAAUAUCAAGAAUCUAAUGAAGGAUAAGAUUUUAAAACUCGCUUCUAAUAUCGUAGAGCUCCUUACUCAAGAGAUACCUAUAAAAUGUGAAAAUGUUGCAGUCUACUUCUCCAUAGAAGAAUGGGAAUAUUUAAAGGAGCAUAAAGAAUGUUACCCAGACAUAUUAGAAACCCAGCAGACCAUCAGCACCCCAGAGCCACAUGCAAUCAAGAUGGAAGUCAAAAAGGAAGCAUCUCAUAUAAUUCUUCAGACAAAUAAUUGUGUUGCUGAAGAUUCACAUACAAUCAAGACGGAAGUCAAAAAGGAAACAUCUCAUUUAACUCGUCAAUCAAAUAAUUGUCUUAUUGAAGAGCCACAUGCAAUCAAGAUGGAAGUCAAAAAGGAAGCAUCUCAUAUAAUUCUUCAGACAAAUAAUUAUCUUGUUGAAGGUGAUUCACAUACAAUCAAGACGGAAGUCAAAAUGGAAACAUCUCAUUUAACUCGUCAAUCAAAUAAUAGUCUUAUUGAAGGUGAUGAAAAGUGGAAGUUAAAUGAAGCUGAUUGCAAAAGAAAAUAUCCUAUAUCAACACAAAAUUCUACAGAGAUUACUGAUGCAUACAAUCCUCCUGUUGUAAAUAGUGUUAACAUUAUACAGCAAAUAGAGUACAGAUGCAGUGAAUGUGGAAAAGAUUUUGAUAAAAAGAAAAUGUUUUUUAAUCAUAUAAGAAUUCACAGAGGAGAGAAACCAUAUAUGUGCUCUGUGUGUGGAAGGGGUUUUAAUUGUAAAUGUUAUCUCACUAUACAUGAAAGGCAACAUAACGGAGAAAGGCCUUUUCAUUGUAUUGACUGUGGAAAAUGUUUUGUUAGUCAUUCAACACUUCUUAGCCACCGUAAAAGACACUUAGAAGAUAAGCCGUUUGCUUGUACUCAUUGCGAGAAACAAUUUAUCUACAAAUCAGCACUUGUUACACACUUGCGUGUACAUACAGGAGAGAAACCAUUUCCUUGUUCUCAGUGUGAUAAAUCUUUCCGGCACAAACCUGGACUUGUUACACACUUAAGGACACACACAGGGGAGAAACCCUAUAAAUGUUCUGAAUGUGGGAAAUCAUUUAGUCAAGGGUCGUCACUUAUCAUGCACAAAAGAAUACAUACAGGAGAGAAACCACAUAUUUGUGGUAAAUGUGGAAAGGCUUAUAUUAGCCACUCAUCUCUUACUAGUCAUCAGAAAAGACAUAAUCGUUAG